ACUUAUGUCAUAACAGUUAAGUUAAAAGACUCCAAAAAUUAUACAAAUCGUUAUUUUCAGGCCUGGGAAACAUAUUUGACAGAAAAGAUUCAAAAAUCUGGCGAAGAAGAGAAGAAAAUAGCAGAAGGCAAUGAACAUUUUUGUAAUGGAAUUCCAUACAUAACAGUUGUAGGAGAUGGUGGUUGGGGAAAACGCACUUACGGACAUGGAUAUAAUUCAUCUACAGGAGUAGCUGUUAUAAUUGGACAAGAAACCCAAAAAAAUAUUUUUCUUGGAGUCAAAAACAAAUACUGUAGCAUUUGUUCCUUGGCAAAAUCAAAACACAUAGAUGUAUCAAAACACGUGUGCUACAAAAACCAUACAGGUUCUUCAACUAAAAUGGAGAGAGAUAUUAUCUGCGAAGGAUUCAAUCGCAGCAUUGAAAUGCAUGGACUCAUGUAUAAGCAUUAUACUGGAGAUGGGGAUUCUGCAGUUAUUGCAGCAAUUCAACAAACAUGUAGCUACGGACGACUAGUUACAAAAGUAGAGUAUGCUAACCAUGCUACUAGGGCAUUUUGUGAGAAAAUGCAUAAGUUAGCAACAAACACAUCAUACCCAUUAGAAGGUAGAAAACUUCUUUUGGAGACUACUGUUGAUAGUAAAAUAUCAAGACUAGAACGACUAGUCAAAGCAGUUAGAACGGCAAUAAAAGAAUCUGCUAAACUUGAUGGCAUUUGUGCAGUUGAAACACUUAGAGCAGAUUUGCGAAAUGCUCCAGAACACGUGUUUGGGUGCCAUGAAAAUUGUAGGUCAACAUUCUGCAAAAGAAAAUCAACUGGAGAAACAAAUCUUCUUCCUGACCUGGAAAAAUCUGGACUCCUCCAACCUCUCCGAAUUUUAAUAGCUAAUUUGGAAAAGAAAGCUGACAAACUCGUUAGUAACAGCACCACGAACUCCGCAGAACGGUAUAUGUCUCUAAAUGCUAAGUUUACUGGAGGUAAACGCAUUGAUUUUGGUAAACGAGGAAGCUACUACAGACGUUGUUAUGGAGCAGCUAUCGCACACACAAAUGGCCCGGGCUGGCAUUCUAGUCCCUGGAAGAAAAUGCACGGCCGCAGUCCCGGUUCAGUGUGUAAACAACUAUGCCACAAACGUGAAGAGAAGUCUUCGAAACGAAAACUUUACUAUCAGGAGAAAGGUGCGCCCAAAAAAAAAAGGAAACGAGGAGGAGGCCCCGAUGAACACUAUGGAGAUGAAGAUUUAAUACCAGAACCUGACAUUCCAGAACAAGAUUUGGCAUACCGCUGCGACCAAGUUUUACGUAAGCUUAAAGAAGAAGCUGACACCAAAGAAAAAAUAGAUUCCAUAGAGAUCGCAACACGUGGUCAGCAUGAUAGUGAAAAAUGGCACGAGUAUCGCCUCAAUCGUCUUACUGCAUCAAAUUUUGGAACAGUUAUCAACAGACGCGAUAACACAUCCUGUCACAAUUUCGUCCGAAAUUUGUUAUUUCCUAGGGAAUUUAAUUCUUUAUCAGUAAUGUAUGGGAGGGUACACGAACCCGAAGCAUUGUUAAAAUACAGUGUUGCAAAAGGAGUGACUGUAAACCCAUGUGGUCUCUUUAUUUGUGGUGAUCAACCUUUCCUCGUUGCAACUCCUGAUGGUCUGGUGGAUGAAGAUGUGAUAGUAGAAGUUAAGUGUCUACCCUCUGUAAAAGACAGAAAGUUAGUGGAUGCAGUACAAGACAAAAAAUCGUCAGUUUGUUUGGAAUUAAAAAAUCAUCAGCUACGAUUAAAAAGAAAUCACAAAUACUACUAUAAAGUUCAAGGGCAGCUGAACAUUUCAGGGAGAAGAUAUUGUGACUUCUUUGUAUUAACCGAAAACGAUUUCUUCGUUGAAAGAAUAGAAAAAGAUGAGAACCUAUGGAUGAAUGUGAUGAUGCCGAAACUCCAGAAAUUUUAUAUGAACUGUGUAUUGCCAGAAAUUGUAGAUAGCAGAAUCAAGAGAAAAAUGAGUAUUCGAGACCCACUCUAUAUUAUUCAAGCACAGGAAGAAAUGAAAAAGAAAGCGAAAUCUAAGAAAUAAGGCGCCGAAGUGUUUUCACAUCAAAUUUGUGCAUAUGUAUAAUAUAAUAUUAAGUAAAUGGCGUAUUGUUUGAGUAAAUUUUCCAAUAACUUAUUUCCUAAAUCUUAACAACUGACAAAAAUUGGCACCGCAAGACUUCGUUAUUUUAAAUCUCCAUAACGGUGCAGUGUUUAUUAUAUUGUGUUCAUAUUUGUAAAUACUCUUCACAAAAAGAGUUAUGUUAUGUUAGUUUUUGAGCUGCACUACUCUUAAAAAUAUUAUUGUUACAUUUUUUACAACACAUCUUGAAAUAAUAUGCAAUAACAUUAUUUGGAUUUGUUAUAGUAGGCCUACAGCAUUACGAACUCAGGAGAAUAUUUAAGAAUGUGUUUGGUAACGAAAGUUUUGAACAAUUUAAGCUUAAAACAAUUUAAAUAUCGCAAUGUUCUAGACAUAGUUCGACGUCCAGUGACUUGCAAGUUAAAAAAAAAAUAAAUACCCAAUUCUGUGAUAGAUUAAAUAAACUUAUUUAAGAUGCUACCAACUAUGUAAGAGAACUAAAGCGACUCGAAGCAGAGACCAUUCCGGCGUCGAUUAUGAGAAGACGGAUGGGUUUCUGCACUCGACGUAGUGUACUUGAAUUGCUGCAGUUCUCAUUGUCCUCGUCCUGCUACCGACUACACCGACGGAACACCAUCAGCCACGACGCAUACUAUAUACGCCUCUCUGUCUCAGCAAGCGUAAGUCAUUCCAAAUCAAAGUACCAUUUGUGUGUGUGUGUGUGUGUGUGUGUUUGUGUGGGCUCUAGUGCUUUAAAAUAAUAUUUUAUAAAUAUAACGUUUAUUCCGGUUUG